UUUAAUAAACUCAAAGCAACGUCGUCGCUGGCCACUUGAGCAGUAGUUCCUUCGGAGUAAUACAAACAGUCUGUUGGUAACUGGACAGCAUUUCAGUUUGUUUUAAAAUUUCCACCCAAUAAAAUUAGCGUCAACUAAUGUUUGUGCGAAGGAAUACGGAAUAUAGUGCGACAGUUUUAGAUUGAACCCUCGAUCCUUCUAGUUAUUAUGGCCGUAUUGGGAACUGAAUUUCGAAAAGGAUUUAUUCUGCUCAGUUUAAUUGGCAUCGUCUACAUUUCGCUGACUGCUUACAAAAUGAACAGCGUCGCAGAAUUAUUUCAAAGUGGCGUCCAUCUUCUCCAAAAUGAAACGCGAAAUUACGCUCAACAAUUUAUCCAUUCAGCCCAAAAGAAAAAUCCAUCAAAAAAAUGGUGGUCUGAUCGCAAUUUCACCGUUAUCAGUCGCGAAUUUUUCCAAUACUUGGCCAGCCAAUUACGUGGCACACCUUAUCCCGGAGCUAAAAACUACACCAACUACAUCGUGGCCCAGUCAUGGCUCAAACCAUUACCCGGUGUCGUACCUUUGCGACCUGAUUUCGGGCCGGUGUUGAACGACGUCACUUCAUUCCGAUAUCCAAUCGAAAUUAAAUCGUGUCGACAAGACGAUAAGAUUCGUCGCACUAACGCUUCCGGACUUUUUGUGGCUGUUAUAUCCGCACCGGAUCACUUUGACAAACGAAAUCUCAUCCGCCAAACAUGGCUGCGCCAAUUAGAACAAAAGCAAUUGAAUCGCUCGGUGAUUUUAACUGGCCACGGUUUUAUUCUCGGCCUGACAAAAGAUUUGAAAAUUCAAGAGCGGAUCAAAGUGGAGAGCCACAAGUUUAAUGACAUCCUCCAAAUCGACAUGAUCGAUCAUUACUUUAAUUUAACGCUGAAAGAUGUCGGUCUAUUGAAUUGGUUGAAUAAAGAUCACUGCCGGGCGGAUUUUGUGCUGAAAGUAGACGACGAUAUCUUCGUCAAUGUCCGGAAUUUGAUAUCGUCCAUGAAACCUCUUCAUCCGCCCGAGAAAAGUCUUUACGGAUCCGAGACUGACGAUCGGCCACAACGGGAGGGAAAAUUCAAAGUUAGUUUGGAAAACUGGCCUUGGAUUAAGUACCCGAUUUACGUCAGCGGAGGCGGCAUGAUUAUUUCCGGAAGUGCUAUUAGCUCCUUAUUAGCCGCUGCUCAAACCACGCCUUAUUUCGCGUUCGAGGAUACUUACCUCACCGGGCUAUGCACUGGCAAAGCGGGGAUUAAAGUGCGCUGCUCCCCAAGCUUCUUUGUGAUGUUCGAUUAUGGUGACGCCCCGGAACCUUGCCAUGUUCGUAACUCUGUUUCGUGGCUGACGGAUUCCGCGGAACAUUUCAACAAAUCCUAUUGGGCCACUCGGGACUUUUAUAAUAACGUGACGCAGUGCAUCUUCCAGCAAGGACCGGAUGGUGAGACUCAGACGGCGGAUCCGACGGAAAUGAUUCAUUUCCCUUUUUCAAAGUGAUCAAUAAUAAUUUGAUAAAGAAAACGAAAGAUUUAAGUGAAUUAUUUUGGAA